UAGGCUCCGGCAGCCGGAAGUCCCGCCUGCCGUGUAGUCGCCGCUGCUGCUGCCGCUGCCGUCGUUGUUGUUGUGGUUGGUUCGCUGAGCUCCGCGGCUCCGAGAGCCGGCUGCAUCCCUUCCCCGCCGCCGCCAUGAAGUGGAUGUUCAAGGAGGACCACUCGCUGGAACACAGAUGUGUGGAAUCUGCGAAGAUCCGAGCGAAAUAUCCCGACCGGGUUCCGGUGAUUGUGGAAAAAGUCUCAGGCUCUCAGAUUGUUGACAUUGACAAACGGAAGUAUCUGGUUCCAUCUGACAUCACUGUGGCUCAGUUCAUGUGGAUCAUCAGGAAAAGGAUCCAGCUUCCUUCUGAAAAGGCAAUCUUCCUGUUUGUGGAUAAGACAGUCCCACAGUCCAGGGUCCAUAGCAGUGGCCACUGUCCUCCCACCUCACCCCAUCUGCCCUCCCCUGCUGGGAAAGAGAGAAAUCCAGGUCCGGUGGAAGCACGUGGGCUCCAAAGCAGAUGGGUGACCAGCCUAACUAUGGGACAGCUUUACGAGAAGGAAAAAGAUGAAGACGGAUUCUUGUAUGUGGCCUACAGUGGAGAGAACACUUUUGGCUUCUGAGGGCCAGUGCUGGGCUGGGUGCGCCGCUCCUGCUUGUGUAUCUUGUAAAUAGCCGGCCAUUUUCAGUUACCAGACCUCUUCACGUAGACCUGUUAGUGCAUUUGUAACUGGAUUUAUUUCUUAAUAUAUUGGAAGGUUUUGUUUCCUUAGACUAGUAAAUUAUCAUACAGAGUUUUAUUUUGAGUUUUCCUUUUUGUGCACUGUCCUCAUGGCUAUACUCCAGGGAACUUGUUCCUCUGGGGAUCCUAUUUAAUGAAGAUAUUUCCAUAUUAAAGUGAGGUAGGUGGGGUAUUAAAGUGAAAGGGAGGGAGAUGAUGCAUUUCUUCUGGAUUAUGUUUGAAGUGUUAAAGAUGGUUAAGUAUUAAAAGCACCCAAAUUAAAUCCUUAGCAAUCAGAACACUUGCUUCACUAGAUUUUGCCAACUGCCAAUCAUGUUGGAUUGAGCUUAUCUGUUUCUCUUUCUGAAAAUAUUAAGGUAAAUAAUUAACAAUAAAACUUCCUCUUAUAAAGGCA